UAAACAAACGAAACAAACAAGGACUUUAAGCAAAAAAAGCCAAACUUAAACUUUUUGACUUCGACUGAGUGAGUUGGAAAUGUGAAUCCCUGCAAUAUUAUCUCUAGCAAUAAACCAAAGCAUUUACUUAGACAUGAAAUGGUUGAUGAGUGUUCUGUUGGGCGCGGGCGUGCGUUUCUUGCUUAUGAAGUCCGAUUAUGCCACUACAAUCCAAAACCGUGUUGAAGUCGCAACGCCCCUCAACGCGUGGAAACGAGCUGUUGAAGGAGCCUACCUACAUAGUAAUGGAAUCGAUCCGUACGAAGGAGAUCUGUAUCAUCAAAAUCCAUUCAUACUGGUUUCGGUUUGGUACCUUCUGCAAAAUGCUGCAAAUUUUGUAAGUUUAGUCUUUAUACAGCUGGAAGUGGGAACAAUGUUGAUGCUCAAAACAGCGGCAACGGUGUUCAUUGCCGAGCUGUAUCGGAAGCAAAAAGCAAACCAGCAUUCCUAUGCCAAAGGAACACAUGAGCUUCAGAUAUCUCCGACUGAUUUGUCAAGCAUUCCGUACUGCGUAGCACUGGCUUACAUGUUUAAUCCGUACUCCAUUCUCAACUGCGUCGGGCAAACAACGACGGUACUGAGCAAUUUCCUGUUGGCACUGUUUCUGCUGGCAAUGGCACGGCGGUGGAGAUUCGUCGCUUGUGUGGCAUUGGCACUGGAGACGCAAAGUAAUAUCUAUCCGUGUGUCUUGAUUAUUCCUGCGGCAUUGUUCAUUGCCGAAGAAGACCGAAACCGUUGGUUGAGCAUUUUCAAUACCGUUCUAACAUUCGUAGCAGCGUGCUUGUGGCUAAAUUAUGCAGCGUUUAGUAUAAUGGGUAAUUGGAAUUUCUUGGACGCAACUUACGGUUUUAUAUUCAAUUGUCGUGAUCUACAACCCAACAUUGGAUUGUUUUGGUAUUUCUUCACGGAAAUGUUUGACCAUUUCCGAACGCUUUUUCUUUAUACAUUCCAAAUCAACGCAACUGUUCUGUAUCUAUUUCCGUUGACAUUCAAACUAAAUAAGGAACCAAUCAUGCUGUUAACAAUGCUGCUAGCACUCGAAGUGGUAUUCCGUCCAUAUCCAUGCGUUGGGGACAUCAGCAUGUAUCUUGCAUUACUCCCACUGUGGAAGUCGAUCUCUAAAUUCAUGGGUCACAAUUUUAUCGUAGGAGCUACUAUGCUUGUGACCAGCAUUCUAGGACCCACCGUGUGGUAUUUGUGGAUAUAUUCCAACUCCGCCAACGCCAAUUUCUAUUUCGGAGUAACACUAGUUUUCUGUACGGCACAAAUCUUCCUUAUCACCGAUCUCUUUUUUGCGUAUAUUAAACAAGGAUUCUGUCUGAAGAACGGUAUGCAGGUAACAAUCGAUGGAAAGGAAGCGAGAAUUGCGCUGGAGUAAGAUGCUAUCUAGUAUAUUAAAACGUGGGUAUGCAACAAAUAAGUCAUUUUUGUUAUAAAGAUAGGAUAAAUUUU